UGAAACUAAAACGAGGACAAUGGGCCAUAUCAAAAUGUUAGUCUGCGUCUAUCAGUCAUUGCGGAAGAACCUGUCAUUACGAACGGAUCAAUUAACUCGAAUAUAAAUCAAUCAGAAUGUGUUCCCAUCUAUUUGUGCACAAUAUUGAAGCUGGUAUCACUAUCCGUUGCAACUGUAGAAGAAAAUGUGCCUCGCCAGUAAAAGAUGUCAAAUCGUUCGCAGAAAACGGAUCAGCAGAUGAAGUCGAAUAUAUGCUUGAAGAAAUGUUGAUUGAUCAAACGAUGAUGGAACAAUCGACAGACAAAUUAUUCUACAAAAACGAUCCGAUCGCAAUGACAUUGUGGUCACAUCAAGUCAAAACAUACCAUUCGAUUCUGCCAGGGAUGUUGCACGAUCCAUUGGUGGCAUUACCGUCUCCGCCGUUAACACCGCGUAAACGAAAACGUUCCACUUCGCAUUGCAGUAGCGACCAGCUGCCGAUUGUCAAAUCAAACAAACCAACAACGAGCGGACAGGAUGUACCGGUGCAGAUGAAUAUCGAACAAAACCAACCGAAGAGUGUAUUAGAUUUACUGGCCGACGCAGUUGACUUUAUUGAGAACAAUCCAACGUAUAAAUCGUAUGUACGUUACACGCCACGGUCCGCUGAAUUCAAGGAUAAAUUUGUCAAUUUAAUUAUGUUAGCCGAUGAAGCCGCCGCACGGAGCGAAUUGAGACCGUGGGCGAAACGGUGAACAUUGCUAUUAGUAAGUCUUAGAGUAUCGUAGAAGCAGACAUGACGAAUAUUUUUCUUUUUGUUGGACUGUAGAUUAGUGUAAGACUCUACCAGACGAACGUAUCAUUUAUGAGCUAACAUUCAAGUUAAAUUUGUUGUGAGCCGUGACCUAAUUUUAAGAUUUUUGUACGGUGCAUUAUUAUGGCCAAUUUAUUAAAAAACCGAUGGAAAGGUCA